AUGUCGUCCCUACAGCGUGACUGGCAUUUACAGGGUUCCCGGGGAUCGGUUUACUGCGCGAGUGAACCGGACCCAGCUGGUGGAGUCCAGUACGAGUCGGGAGGGUUCCUUCUCGACACAAAGCCAACAGCGCCCGGCGCCGGCGGUGGGGGUGGCGUGGGCGUGGGCGUGGGCGGUGGCAAUGGCGGCGGCCUCGAAUGCGGCUCCCUGUUCUCAGUGGUCUCCGCUCCGCCGGCUCCACUGCCCGACAUCGUUGAGCCGCAGCCGCUGUCCGAGCUGGAUGUCAAGCAAAUGGAAGCGCUGUGCCUGCCCUCUCCAUCCCGAUCCCGCUGCUGCUCGCCCUCGCCCUCGCCGAUCCGCCGACCCGCCACCCUCAGCCUGGACACGCCCUGCUGCCCGAGGACGCUGCACGCCAGCCUGCUGGAGCACCAGAUCUCGGAGCUGGAGGAGGACGACAAUGAGAACCUGCUGACCGUGUCCAGCAUCACGGCGCGUCCGCUGAUCGCCAAAUCGCACGAGCUGCGUAGCAGCCGGAAGUCAAGUUCCGGUACCGGUUUGAAUACGGCCCGGAGCAGGUGCGUCCGCCGGGCCAAGGAGCGUGAACGAGAGCGGGAUCGUGUGCCUUCCGCCAGUGCGAAGCGUAGCAAGCAGCUGCCCAAGGAUCGUGACUCCUCGACGACCACAACGGAAAGCGGUGGCGGCAAUGUGGAGCCACCGGACGGUGGCUACGGUUGGUUCAUUGUCUUUGGAGCAUUUUCCGUGCAGUUUUGGGUGGCGGGAUUGGUCAAAUCCUAUGGCGUGCUGUACGUGGAGAUAAUGGAAACAUUUCCAAGCUCAACCGCCACGGUGGCAUCUUGGAUACCCGCAAUUCUCUCGGCCCUGUGCCUGGUCCUGGCCCCUCUGUCGAGUGCUCUAUGUCAGCGAUUCUCCUGCCGGGCGGUGGUCUUUGUGGGCGGAAUCUUUUGUGCCAUGGGCAUGAUACUCAGCUACUUUGCCACCAGUCUGUUGCACUUGCUCUUCACCUUUGGCAUACUCACAGGAAUCGGCGGCGGUCUCUCCACCACACCGGGCAUCGUCAUUGUCUCCCAAUACUUUGAUAAGCAUCGUGCUCUGGCCAAUGGAAUCUGUGUUUCCGGCACCGCUGCCGGCAGCUUCAUUCUCCCGGUGCUGAUAAAGCAUCUGGUGGAGAGCUGGGGCUUCCAUGGCACCAUCCUCAUCCUGGGCGGUUGCAUGCUGCACGUUUGCGUCUCCGCCACUUUAUAUCGUCCCAUUAGUGCUUAUAUGGAUCAAGAUCAGGAUCAGGAGCAGGGACAGGAGGAGGAGACAGCGAAACCCCUGAAUGAGGAUAUUAAUCCCAGCACCACGGGCAUCCUGACCACCUCCACUUACUUGGACACCUGCGAGCUGGGCAGAGGCAAUGAGCUUAGCGACAAGUUCAUCGAGCAUCUGUUCCUGGAAGAGUCCAAGAAUCAUCUCAAUUACUAUUCCAGCAAGCCAGCUCAGGACAAAUCAGCUCAGGAGAGCGAUGACGAGGUGAAGGACAUUAUCGGGGAGACAACCUUCAUCAAGCCGAUGAAGAAGGUGCGCAGCUCCGGCCUGUUGCACUCUGUCGAGGAUCUGAGCACGGAUUCCACCUGGGUGUACCGCAAGCACUCUGGCACCGACUCCAAUCGAGGUAGUCGCCGGCGUCGCAAUGUCUUUGCCAAUGACGAGGUAAUCUCCAAGAUCCAGGCCCACCUGGAGAAGCCCCUUUCGCCGCCAAGUGUGGUCAGUCGUGGUCUGAGCAAAAGCAUGGAGAUUCCCACGCCGGUUAGCAAUCUCAGUGAACUGAAGCAACAGCCGCUGGAGCAGGCGGAGCACAGUGUCCUCACCGAUUCCCAGUUGGUGGAGUCUUUGGAUGGUGAUUGUCGCCGAGGAACUGCUGCCGAUGAGGACGAUGACGAUGAUGAUGACGAGGAGCAGGGACCACGAACCUGCUGUGAGCGGAUCGAGAUGUAUCUGGACAUCAGUCUGCUACAGGAGCCAAGCUUUAUCCUGAUGUGCCUAUCGGUCACCCUGAUGUCCGUUGGAUGUCCCUACAUGCUGUACUACCUGCCCGCCCAUGUCAUCUCCAUAGGCUACAAUAAAAGCGAGGCGGGCUACCUGGUGGCCAUCAGCGCUGUCCUGGACUUGUGUGGCCGCCUGGGUCUCGGCUGGCUAUCCGAUCUCCAACUAUUCGACCGAAAAAAGACGUACACACUGUGCAUUUUGGGAGCCGGCCUGGCCGUGCUCACGAUUCCCUUUGCCAAGACCCUCAUCCUGGUGGGACUCUCUGCGGCCGUCUAUGGCCUGUGCCUGGGUAGCUGGUAUGUCCUGAUGCCCGUGCUGCUGGCGGAUGUCUUUGGAACGGAUCGGAUCAGCUCUAGCUAUGGCCUGGUGCGCAUGUUCCAGAGUAUUGGGGCCAUCUCGGUGCCACCACUGGCGGGUCUGAUGAGGGAUCUGUCUGGAGACUACGAGAUCUGUUUCUACUGCAUGGGAUCCUGCAUGGUCCUGGGCUGUACGCCGCUGAUUGUGUGGUCCAUCCUGGAGGCACGUAACCAUCGGCUAUUCGUCCAGCGCGAGGACGAGGACGAGGAGGAGGACUGCGAGGUGGCCUAGGAAUUGGAUAUAUAGUUGGUUGCCCCCAUAAAAUUUAAUCGUGUUUUAGUAGCAAUCAAUUACUAGUUGAGUUCCUGAGUUUGCAGAGUUCGAAUGCCUCACCGAUAUUGCUGAUUCUACCAAAUACUAUCUAUCUACGAAUACUAUCUGUACGUUCUCAUUGGACCCUCACUCAUCACUCGCACCCACCACACACACACACUCGCUGUCUAACUAUCCUGUAUCCUGUAGCUUGUUAUCCUUGCGUUCUACCGAGCAUAUAUAAGGAUUUGUGAGAAGAAGAAACCAAACAACAACAAACCAACAACUGAGCACCACAAGUUGCGCAAAAAGAACUGAGUUUAAAAAGACAUGAACUACAAAAAAUACCCGUAUAUAACUUUAUAAUAUAAUAGUUACGAUCGUGCUACAUAGUAUUUCCAUGCCCGACUAGCAUAUACAUUAUGCAUAUAUGCAGACUAUAUAGUUGUAGGUUCGCAUGCCCAUAUCAAAAUCCAAAAUAAUCGGAAUCGGAGGCUUGUCUUCAGAACAUUGCAUUACAUUAAUCUAGACGUAAAUUAGUUGUUGUGAGACAUUUACCCAAAAAGCGAAUUACGAA